UUUCCGGGUUCUAUAGGUUGUCGGAUGCAGCCAGCUACGCUAACUAAAAGUUAACCGACACAUUGGUUAGUGUGCCAUUUACCGAGGUCGAGGACAGAGACGAUACAUCUGAAAUCAUGAAGGGGGGAAGCGAGUCGUAUUACCGCGUGUGUGUUAUAUAAAUAAAUAGCAAUUGAAAAGGGAAAAUGUCAACAACGCGGCCCCUCCCAGGCAUGAAGCGAAUCACCGAGCUAACCUACGCAGUGCUGCCGGGGAAUAGCCGCGCUCCUGCCGCUAGUAAACUCUUGCCAGAGGCAUGGACCGUCGAUGAAUUUACAGUGCACGAAGGCAAAGAACCUGAGUUAAAAUGCGCAAAGUCUCGAGUCGAACAAGUUUUUCAGGUAGCAUUUACAAUUAUUGGCCUGUUGGACCACACUGUUGGAGCCCACGGAAGUAAAGCGUCCAGGCAAAUCUGGCUUCAGCUGAAGGGGAAAAAAGAGGAUGUAUCGAAAGCAAAGGAGUACGUUAAGGGCCUUUGUGACCCAGAGCUGCAGAAAGAAGAGAGAUAUCCAGUGGACAUGCAUUGCAUCUUCGCUGGUGCUCGUGGCCUCUUUCUGGACCAUCUGCUGCGAGACACAAGUGCUGAGGUGCAGGUGCUAGAGCCGGGCCGUCUGAGGCUGCUGGGUUGUGCCGAAGCCGUGGUAAUGGCACAGAGCCGCGUACAGCAGUUUGUUGCCCUCUUCCAAGAGAAACGUAGCUUGCCAGCUGACCGGGAGCCCUCGGUCAAGCGAACCUUUAAGAACUUUGUGGAGGAGCGGGCAGACAAAUACACCAUGGAACUGUUGCUUUUGCCUAGCGCCUUAAAGGAGGAGCUUCUGGGGCUGGCGCAGAGCCCCACACAGCUUAUUAUAGACGUGGAGCAGGACCGCUCUCAGACCAGCACUCCCGUCACUGAGCUCUCCAACCGAAUCCUGGUUGCAACCUUUGAGGAAAAGUCAUCCACAAGGGACAAGGCUUCCUUUGAGGACAAGUCGUCCAGCCCUGUGCCUGUUCCUGACGUGCUGGUACUGAACGGACGGCCAACUCAGAAGCGGCGCUCAUCCGAGAGUGAGCAACGGGACACGAAAAGGCAGUUCUCACUGGAGAGGAGGGACGAGGACCAAGACAGAGAGAAAGCCCGUGAUGACAGCCAGACACGGACAAGGCCACCUGGCAGGAUGGCCACACUGGUGUUGGACACUGGUGAUACAUCUGAUGAGGGCGAAGCCGUGAGCCCUGAGACCAACCUCCGGUGUCUGGUGAACUUCUUCAGAACCAUGGGCUACCAGCAGGAUGUGGUAGAACGAGUAGUGCGUGAAACAGGCCAAACAGAAGACACCUUCUUGCUGCUGGAGCGCAUAGUGGAGGAGAGCCAAAAGAGCCAAGAGACCUCGCCUAUAGCUAAUCCGUGUCCCUCCACCAACUCCACUUGCGCUCGGCUCAAGGAGAAGGAACGAGUGCAGGGUCGAGCUCUAACAGAGAUCAAGCUAAAAGAGAAUAUCAAGGUGCCCAGCAGUAAUGGCUGGAACCAGAAGAGCCAAACAAUCGGUGCAGCAUCACUGGACAAUGAUGACGAUGUCAUAGAGAUUGGUAGAAAAUGCAGGACAGUUGGGCCUCUGGAUCUUAAAUCAGACUCCAGGUUUGAUUACCUGUCACGGGGUGGCUCGCAGACUGUGGGGCCCAUGCGGAUGGAGACCGUGACGGCACUGCGCAGUUCUGCUUUGGAAACACGGCCAAGCUGCUCCUACCAGACCUGUCCACGAGUGCCUCUGCCGCACACUGAGCCACCAGCACCGCCAAAGGCCAUUCCUCUUACGGGGAUGUCACGCUUUCAUCAGUCACUGCGCACCCCCUAUCGGUUGGUCCUGCAGGAUGUACCCGGGCACCCAAACCUCCGGCACAUCAUCAUAGACGGCAGCAACGUGGCCAUGGCACAUGGACUCCAUCGAAUCUUCUCUUGUCGUGGGAUUGCCAUUGCUGUGGAAGCCUUCUGGCGAAGGGGACAUCGAGAGAUCACCGUCUUUGUGCCCCAGUGGAGGCAGAAAAAAGACCCCAACAUCACUGAGCAACACUUCCUUAAUCAGCUGGAGGACUUGCGGUUGCUGUCCUUCACCCCCUCUAGAGAGGUCUGUGGACAAAGGAUAACUUCACAUGAUGACAGGUUCUUGCUUCAUUUGGCAGAGAAGACAGGAGGCAUCAUCGUCACUAAUGACAACCUGAGAGACUUUGUUACACAGUCUGAGGCUUGGAGGAAGAUCAUACAAGAGAGUCUCUUGCAGUUCACCUUUGUGGAGGAUCAUUUCAUGAUCCCAGAUGAUCCUUUAGGAAAACAUGGGCCUCUCUUGGAGCAGUUCCUGCGCAAAGACAGCUGCCCCAGAUCCACUGCAAGUCCUCUAAUGCCUCCACUGAGGACGGAUCUGCAGGCCGCGCCAUCAGUUUAUGCCCAGACACAUGCCCCGUUGCCCACUCAGUCCAAAUCAGCGUCACACUGGCCCCAUUCCGGCCCGCCUGACUGGCAUCCGCCUCGGCCGUCCCCUUCUCCACCUCCACAGCGCUCACCCACAGAAACUACAGAACUGAAGAAGCAGCUGUAUGACAUUUUCCCUGACCAAAAGCAGCGCAUCGACCGCAUCCUCAAUGACAACCCUUACAUGAGGGACCUGAAUGCUCUGUCUGGCCUCCUGUUGGGCUGAACACAUGACUGCUGAGCCCACUUGCACAAACACACAAAGCAGUGUUUCAUGUCAUUGUGACUACAGAACAAUAGCGAACAUGACUUUAACUUUUUUUAUACAAAGACUUUGUGAUCUAAAGACUGCUGCAAGAGGGUUGUUUGUUGUAGGGAAUCUUGUUCUCUUUACUACUUUGCUUUCAAGAUUACAGAAUCCCUCCCAUGUAGCUACAAGCACAAUUAAUACACUUCAGUUUGGAUUUGCGUUAAACAAAGGUUGAAAGAUGUAAAGUCUAAGUGGAAUAUAUUUGAUGUACAUAUUUAUUACAAGUAUUCCUCUCAUAAUUUAUCAAUGAAAAAAAUCUUUGUUCUAAAAGGUGUUUUAGCCACACAGUUGUGUUUAAACUGGCUUUGCAGCAAUGGCUGCUGAAGAACAGAUGCUUGUUUUUGCUGUCAGUUUCGUUAACAAUGAUUUUGGGCAUUGCCCCAUUUGAGUCAAACUGAUGAUGCAAUAAAGUGCUCAAGUUUCCAGUUA